CGACUCUACACGUUUUCAAAUAGGCAACGACAUAACUGAGUUCCAAGUCGGUGUGUGAGCAUCAACGGUUUUGCUAGUGCUGCAGCUAGUGUUUUAUAAAAAAACUAGCAAUUUUAUUAGUUUUCGCGCUACAGGAUUUUAAUCAAGAUGUCUGUUGACAAAGCGUUCGAGGAGGAAUUUUUAAGAGAAGGUACUGAAGUCUUAAAGCAUGUAAUUCCAAAAAUGGUACAAAUAUGGAAGCAGCUGGGCUUCCCUACAGCCAAAAUACAGGAAAGGUUUAGGACAGCAGUUUCUCAUCACAAGGAACUUUGGGAUUCCAUGCUUGAAGAAGAACAAAACAAUAAGAAAAAAAUUGUCAGCACCAUUGAUCGUCUGGGAAGGCAGCAUCACCAACUGUGCAAGGAAUUGGGCACACAUUAUAGAGAAUUUGGUGAUGAAAUCCCUCUUUUAGAGAUGGAGAAACUGCUCCAAGAAACCCUAGCUGGACUCAAUAAAGAAAAAGAAGAAAGAAUGAAGUCUGUAAGAGCUUUGUUUCAUGAAGAAGAUAAGCUCUGUGCUAGGCUGAAUGUGGAUCCUUGUUCAUUGAAUCGAGAUCGUAUCCCUACAUCUGAUCAAUUCAACAUGUUACAGGAGUUAGUUAACAAACAUAAGAUGGAAGUUGUUACCAGGCAAGGACAAUUUGUUACAAUGAGGGACUCUAUCAAAAAUUCCAUGGCGGAGUUGGAGAUGUCAGCCCGUUCCUCAUUUGAAAUGGAUCUUCUCGUAAGCGAUCCCCAAAGCAUUUCCUUGUCAGAUGCUGACAUGAACAAAAUAAAGGAAAUACAACAGGGAUUAGUUUCACGAAUUGAAAAAAAUAAGCGCAAAACGGCGGAUCUUUGGUCUGUCAUUGAAACUUUGUGGGAUAGACUGAACAUUGAACAAGAUGUCCGGCAAAUUCUUCACAUGCAAAAUCGAGGUUCUGCACCUUCGACCAUUACAUCGCUUGAGAAGGAAUUGGCUCGUCUUGAAGAGUUAAAACGACAAAACAUUGAACGUUUUAUCCACGCUGUACGCCAAGAUUUGAUAAGCUGGUGGGAUCGGUGUUAUGUUUCCGACGCUGAACGUCGUAACUUCACUCCGUUUUAUGCCGAACUUUACACGGAAGAUCUGCUAGAGCUCCACGAAGCUCAAGUGGAAAGAUACAAGGAGCUUCACACAACACAUAAAGACAUCUUCCAAAAGGUGCUCCAUCGUGAAAACCUUUGGAAGAGGAUGGAGGAUAUCGAAGCCCGUGGAAGGGAUCCGUCAAGGCUGUUUGGCAAUAGGGGUUGUGCUCUCCUCCAAGAAGAGAAAGAGCGCACAAAGAUAAUGAAGGAACUUCCUCGUGUCGAGGCACAGCUAACGGAAUUAUUAAAUAACUAUGAGCGGACUCAUGGUCAUGUGUUGCAAAUUAACGGCCAGGACUACCGCCAAGUAGUUAUCAACCAGUGGGUACUGUACGAAGAGCAAAAAGAAAAUGAGAAGCUCCAGCGGCAAAGAGAGCGGGCCGAUAAAUUGGUAGAAGAGGCAAAAGGUGGUGCCAAACCGAAUACCCCAAUGAAACGCCGUUUGGGGACUACCGCCGCCAUUCGAACCCAAAUGGAGUCGCCUAAAGCGAAACAAAGGAAGCUGCUGAUGCCAUCGACGGCUCCUCAGCAACGUAUGGGACCAGGUCGACGUAUCCUGACAGAAGCAAUGGUUAAUCAGCUUCCACCGGGAACACCGAGUGAUCAUGACGCCUCGGUCAUGUCGACUUACUCGGUAUUUACUGAGACUUUACAAAAAGCCAGGCAGGCAAAAUGCGUGAAUUCGACAGUGCUGAUGGAAAGCACGCCAUCUUCUAGUCGAGGGAAUGCUACGCCCAUGACUGCUCCGCACCGUCGUAGUACACGUUUGGCUGCGGGGUCAACUCCGACAUUGACGCCCCAAUCUGCACGAACCCAUCACCCAAUGUUUCGGCGUUCGAAAUCCCAUUCCAUUAUGCCUGCACCUCUUACCACCAAACUAACGCCUGCCCGAUCCACCCCCAAACUUGCAAUUCACAAGCGCCCUUUCCUUUUGUAAAGGUCACUUUUUCAUUUCAGUUUCGAUUUUUUAAACUAAUAUUCAUUUUUUUUUUUAAUAUUCAGCUGGCGGAUUGGUAAAGAUUGUUUUUUGAUGCUGGUGUGUUCUUGCACACAAUAUGUUGUACAUAAAUUUGCCUUCUUUCGCUGUUCCUUAAUGUUAAUUGAUCAAACUAAGCUUUGCGCUGUAGUGUGCAGUCUCAUUUAAUUCGAAAUUCGUUUUUCAGUUUAUUAACAAAUAUUUCGUGUAAUGAUCAUUAAACAAGGUUAUGGAAUAAAAUAUUCGUAGUUUGCA